CAGCCCCUUGCCAGCCCCGCGGUCCCACGGCGCCAGGUCGCCCCCAGCCCCCUCCCUCCUCCCAACCUCUCUCGGUCCCACCCUCUGUAGCUUUGUGCCCGCAGCGUCGAGCCGCUUCCCCCAUCAGGCGCGCCGCGGGAGGUGGGAGCCGCCACCGAGAAGCUGCCGCUCGCAGCCCCGGGCAGGGGCACAGUUGCAACCAACGCAAUGUCUUACUACCUCAACUCAGAAAACCACCUGGACCCAGGACCCAUCUAUGUACGAGAAAAUGGUCAGCUGCACAUGGUCAAUCUGUCUUUGGAUGGUGUCAGGAGUAGCCUGCAGAAGCCAAGGCCUUUCAGACUAUUUCCCAAAGGCUUCUCUGUGGAGCUUUGCAUGAACAGAGAAGAUGAUACUGCACAGAAAGAGAAGACUGAUCAUUUCAUCUUCACAUAUACCCGAGAGGGGAAUCUUCGGUACUCUGCCAAAUCUCUCUUCAGCCUCGUCCUGGGCUUUAUCUCCGACAAUGUUGAUCACGUUGAUUCCCUUAUUGGCUUUCCUGAGCAGAUUGCUGAAAAGCUGUUCUCUGCUGCAGAAGCCAGACAGAAAUUCACAGAGCCAGGUGCGGGGCUGAGGGCUUUACAGAAAUUCACAGAGGCCUAUGGAAGUCUGGUACUUUGCUCCCUAUGUUUGCGAAACAGAUACCUGGUGAUUUCAGAAAAGCUUGAGGAAAUUAAGUCUUUCCGGGAGCUGACCUGCCUGGAUCUUUCCUGUUGCAAGCUUGGAGAUGAGCAUGAACUUCUAGAACAUCUCACUAAUGAGGCACUGUCUAGUGUAACUCAGCUCCACCUGAAGGAUAAUUGUUUAUCUGAUGCCGGUGUGCGGAAAAUGACAGCACCAGUUCGAGUGAUGAAAAGAGGCCUUGAAAAUCUAACAUUAUUAGACUUAUCUUGUAACCCUGAGAUCACAGAUGCGGGAAUUGGAUACCUCUUCUCUUUUAGAAAACUAAACUGCUUAGAUAUUUCUGGGACAGGGCUCAAGAUUGUUCUGCAGUGGGAACGUGUGACUUCAGAAGCUGUGAAGCCACGAGAAACCGGGGAGCCUCGAACAGCAGCUCAGCACUUCUAUGGCAAGCGGGCUCGGACAGAAGCCCCCGUUAAGUGUCCCCUGGCAGACACCCCCGUGAACUCUUCUGAGAAACUCCAGUUCUAUAAAGAGAAAGCCCCAGACUGCCAUGCACCAUUGUUAAAGCGGGAAGCUGUCUCGAGCCAGGAGUCAAAGAGCAAGAAGAGAGCUUUUGAAGAGCCAGAGAAGGACCAGAGCAACUCUUCGCAGUCUUCAAAGCAGAAAUACGUGUGUCUUGCUGUGGAAGACUGGGACUUGUUAAAUUCCUACUGAUUGGUAGACAGGAGUUGACCUCUUUCCCCCGACUCUAAUGUAUGAGGAAAGGGGGCUGAUGGUGUUUUCCCUUUUGUUUGCCUUUACCUAUGGUAUUAGCAUAGCAAGCGGAUAUUUCUACUUUUGUGGUGGGGGAGGGGAAUGCUAUGGAAGUAUGUAAUAAUUUCUAAUGUAUAUUUUCAAUACAUAGUAA